UAAUAGAAGCAUUUUCUUUUAAAGGGUUCUUUUCAUUAGACAAAGGUCCUCUCUGGGAUUUUAAAUCUCUGCACCCGCUUCAGGCUGAUAUCCGGAGCUUGUGUCUCCGAGGUCGCGGUGUCUCGUUUCUUUCUUCCGGUCUCCAACUUUUUUCUUCUGUUGUUCUCCUGCUCUUUCUGUUUUUCUCGCGUCUCGCCGACUCUUCGCUUGUCGUCACUUCUCACUUUUCUCCUUCUGUCUGAACUUCGUCGAACGCUUUUCUCUGUCGAGACACUCGAACGCGGCUCUGCGCGCAUGCGGUUAGCUCUCAGUUUUUGUCAACUUGGCCGUCGUAUUCGCUCCAUUUUAAUCUCAUUUUGUCAUUUCUCUCUCCUCGAAGUUCCAUCAUUUACUCGCCUUCCGCAGGACCCAAUGGCGCGCCACCCGGAGGCUCCGGCGGGAGAGGCCCAGCCGUCCUCGCCUUCGUCUUGCCCUUCACCUCUCCCCUCUUCUUUAGACCAUAUUCUCUUCACUUCUUGUCCUCCAGUUCUCGUUUUUCGCGCUCCACCUCGCGCUUCUUCUUCCGAAGAACAAAAAGCAUUUUCCCAGUCUCUCCUGGACUCGCCCUCGGUUAAACUCCUCCCUUCUGCUCCUUCUCUCCUCCGACUCUUCCACCGCGCCGCUCCUUCUUCUUCUUCUUCUCCUCCAUCUUCCUCUUCUUCCUCCUCUCCAUCUUCCUCUUCUUCCUCCUCUCCAUCUUCCUCUCCAACUUCCUCUCCAUCUUCCUCUUCUUCUUCCUCUCCAUCUUCCCCUUCUUCUUCCUCUCCCUUUGCAACUCUUUCUCAGCUUCGUGAGCUGUCUGUACACCCGCUGUUCGAGGCUCUGGGUGCGUACUUCCGUCGCGGCGGUCUCGUGGCGUUCCCGACAGAGACGGUGUAUGGACUCGGCGCCGCUGCGACUCUUCCUCACGCAUGCAGCCGCGUUUUUCGCUGCAAAAAGCGGCCAGCUUCCGACCCUCUGAUUUGCCAUGUUGUUUCCGUUCAGCAGGCCUUUGAGCAGGUGUACGACCUCGACGAAGGGGAGACCGAGGAGGCCGCGCGAGGGGAGAGCCUCUCGCUGCAAGAAAAGCGCGAUUUGAGAGUGCUGAUUGCGACACUCGCAGACGCCUUCUGGCCAGGACCUCUCUCAAUCGUCGCGAAAGGAAAAAUUCUGGAGGACAGACGCGACGGGAAGGGCGUCGCUCUCGCCGUCACUGCAGGGACGCGGUUCGUCGCGGCGCGGUGUCCGAACCAUCCGUACGCCCUGAGUCUCAUCGCAGCUGCUGGCGUCCCCAUCGUCGCGCCUUCUGCGAACCGCUUCGGAAGGAUAAGCCCAACGCGAGCCUCUCACGUUAUCAACCAGUUCGCGGAUUCUCCCACAGAGGCAAUUUCUUCUCUGUCUUCUCUCUCUUCUCUCUGUUCUUCGUCUCUGGUUUCGGCUGAAGGCGACUGUGCAACGAGAGAGGAAGGCUCUGUCGGGAACGGAGCAGAAACGCGCGACUCGAAGAAGAGGAGAGUGGGAACCGUUGGAGAGAGGAAGUUUCUUACGAAGACAGAGCUUUCAACGCAUCUUGCUGAGCACCCGGACGGCGACGAAAUGGUCCUCCUAGAUGGCGCAGAAGAAGACUGCUGUUGUCUCGGCAUUGAGUCGACUGUGAUCAAAGUUUCUCCUCCAGGUCGCGACUCGAAGGAGAAGGUGUACGACAUCCAGGUUCUGCGGCGCGGCGUGAUAUCGGCAGGCAUGAUUGCGGAGACACUCGAAGCUGUCGCUCGGCGGCCUUGCCCUUCGCUCUCCGCAGCAUCAGGUCUCUCCACUUCUUUCCCUGCGUUCUGUGUGCGGGUCUCUGAGAAACUCCAGUACCACCUGAGUCUGGAGAACCGCCUUUCUCCACUUCCGGCUUCGCCUCUCUCUACGGAUGAAUGUUCAGCCGCGCAGCCGCGCUCAAGCUCCAGAGGCGAAGCGACGCUCGGAGACUGCGGCGUUUCAAGAAGAGCCGCGUCAGAGACCUCUGAGAGAGAGAGCGAAGAGCAGACAACGGAGACGCGGGAACAAACGGAGGGACGUCAACUCCCGACUUCGUCGUUGCAUGCGCUCGAAAAGAGUCUGGCGAAGACUGCGGGGGAUGUCGACACACCCAUGGAGAGUCCGGGGCUUGCCCUCACCCACUACGCGCCCUGUCUCCCAUGCAUGUUGAUCGUUUCGCGCGAGCGCGGAAUGGCGAGCUCGACAGGUGGAGAGCACGAGGGAUGCGGAGAAACCAGCAGGACGCGGGAGGUCGACGAGGUCGACGCGGCGACAGAGACUCCCGUUGGAGGAAUUGACGGCGCCGCGGCCGUCGUGAUCGACGCAGACCGGUCGCUGUACCCUCUGAAAAGACAAUUUCUCAAGUAUAUCUCGAUUGUAUCUCCGGUCGGCGACGGAGGAGGCGAGACGGCAGCAGGAGCCGAGACCGAGGCGGCGAAUGGCGAGUCUCCAGACACCACCGCGCGGGAGGCGGAUGAGGACGAAGAGGAGAGGUGGACGAGGCUCGCGCAGAUCGCCGCAGGGAACGUCUUUGCUGCGCUUCAUGAAGCAGAAGCUGCGGGACUCCAGUUGGGAGCGUCAGCGAUUUUAAUAAACGCCUCACCUCUUUUGAAAGGACGGGAACACGGUCUUGCGGUCUUCGACAGGCUGUUCAGAGCGGCUUCAGGAAAAACUGCGGCAAUGCUGAGCGCUGGAAGCGCCUCGCCUUCUGGAGCUGUGCGAUUCGUUCCUCUUUCUUGAAAGUCCUUCAACGAACCUCUCCUUCGUUCUCGACUAGAGAACGAAGGUUGCAUCUGUCGAAGCGCUUCUCCUUUCUUUUCUCCAGACGUUCUUCCGCCCGGGGAAGAGACCGUCCCCUCGUGGCUGCUGUGUCGCGUGUAUGCUUCUGCAGGCAGUUUCCUUCUUUUUCCGUGCAUGCGCCUCUUUUCGUUUUCCCGGCAGGCGCCGCCUUCGUUUUGGGAGUGUGCGCUUCACUCGAGCUCCUUCACGAGCGCGUCAUUUGCCGUUCUUUCCCCCUUGUUUCGGUUUAGCUCCUUGUCUCCGUCUGGUCUUUGUCUUUGUUUCCUAGUUUCGCUCUCUGUUUCUAUAGUCUCUUUGUGGCUUUGUCUUUGUUCCCGUUUGCUUUGUUGCUUCUUCUUUUCGCUUGCUUUGGCCGUUCUGGCAAGUCGAGGAAAAUGUGUGUUCGUCCUUUUCCAAAGCUCCGUUUUCUCCGUUUUCCAUUCUGCACCGUUUUGACAUUUAUUCAGCUUGACCGUCUUCUGCAGAGUCGUUUCAGACGCUUUAUGAAAGAAGCAGACUUGGCAAUGGCACCGUUGAGGUGUGUCGCUUCUUGGUCUCAUUGGACAAAAAGACAGGAUUUCUUGCGUUCUACCUCUUGGCCGGUGGACAGUUUUUGUCUUUGUGGACCAGCCAGUGAACCGCACAGUGCUCCAGCGCCGGUCUAAGUCUCUAACGUUUCUGGACCUAACUUCUUAGCACCAAUCUACAUUGGAGGUCCGGGAGCCGCCUCCCCAAGACUCAACGCGAUUUCCCGCGAUACGUGAGAGUAGAGACUCCCUGACGUUCCACCGCACCGCACAUUAAAAAAGAAACAUCUCAUUUACAAUCUUCUUGUCUUUGGGGAAGUACAGUUCGAGUGUCGAACUCCCGCUUUCGUCGCUCUUAACGCAGGUGACUACUUCUUACAGGGCGUAUUUGCUAUUCGCUUGUACCCGACAGUAUCGGUUGAGAUUCAUGUAUAUUGACGUUAUGCCAAAGACGAAUCCCAUGUUGUCCGGACUAUUGUUGAAUACAUACAUGGUGUUCGAGUGAUGCAUCGGGUGUCCGCUGUGAAUUCGUUGUCCCGGCUUUCCCUUUGAAUUGCGUUUCCGUUGUGUGUGCCGACCACGGUUAGAUCCUGACUGAGAGUCACUGGGAGAACGAACAGAUGUUUUCUUCCGUCUCCUGCGUGUAGAUCCAUACGGGCAAGCUGAAGAAGGCGCGUUCAUCUGAACCGAUGAGGGCCUGUUGUGUGUUUGUGUCGUUCUUGUCCAAACGCGUGAGAAGCGUUUCCGACGCCUGCUCUUCUCUCUUUCCCUCACUACUUUUCUUUCUCCGGUCUCCCGCGUACUCAAGUUGCCGCGCAGUUGAAAAACGCCUGGCGGUUCAGUCGUGUGUGAAUGGCUGACGAGUUGAAGGGGGCGCGGACACCAGCCAUCGACAUUUUUUUCAGGCCGCAAGCAAGAGAGAACAGAGAAAAGAGGAAAGAGAACGCGGGAACUCGAACACCCAGCAGAAGCACAGGAACAUCACGAGAGCCAGGCAGUGAAAGAAGUCCGUUUCAGAGGUUCUCGCGACCCUGCAAGUACAGGUGCCGGGAUUCCAGUUGCCGUUGUAUCUUUUUUCUUUUUCUCUUGAUGCAUGCUGAAUGUCUACCACCCUUGACUGAUGAAUUAACGGUCUCCUUUACAGACGGCUUCUUGGGCAGGACGGAACAGAUCCAGAGCACUUCACACGAAGCGAUUGGACACUGGCAACGAGACGCCUAAACAGAGUAGAACUCGACUUUCGCGUCUGUGUCCGUUGAACGUUUUUCCGGAUGCUUGGGGGCACAUAUACGAGCAGACAGCGAAGGAGCACAGCGACACAAAACUCCCCUUCCCGGGAACUCCGGUCUGCUCUCUACAAAUCGGGUGUGCGAAACGACACGGUCUUCUCCGGCGGAAAAAUCAGGAGAGAAAAGAAGAAAAUGCGUCGUCUCCGAGGCCACCCAGCCACAAACAUGAAUCGAGCCGUGCAUGCGGGCACAGGCACAUAUAAAAAGACCGGAAAACAUAUACACCAAAGAGUUUAUACAUCCCAGAUACACACGCGCGAUACAUACAUCGCACACAUUUAUGUAAAUAUAUACAUAUAUACAUACAUAUAUACAU